UCAUUUGUGGACACGUGCUCGCGCACGUCAGUGAGGAGAGAGAGAGCGAGAGCUUAGCCUAGCCUAGCCUAGCAGAGUCUCUCAGUCUUCCACUCCACUUCAGCAGUGAGUCUAGUGACCCUCUCCCACUCACGCGUCCCCCUCCUCUUUAGCCAAAAUGUCAAAGUUGGACCAGGUUCUCGUUCUGGAACCUCCCUCGGACCUCAAAUUUAAAGGUCCAUUCACAGAUGUUGUCACCACCAACCUCAAGCUGAAGAACCCCUCGGACAGGAGAGUGUGUUUCAAAGUUAAGACGACGGCACCGCGCCGGUACUGUGUACGGCCCAACAGUGGCGUCAUUGAAGCGGGAGCCGCCGUCAACAUAUCUGUUAUGCUACAGCCCUUUGACUAUGACCCCAACGAGAAGAGCAAACACAAAUUCAUGGUGCAGACCAUCUAUGCUCCACCCAAUGUCACUGACAUGGAUGCUUUGUGGAAAGACGCCAAACCCGAUGACCUUAUGGAUUCCAAAUUGAGAUGUGUUUUCGAGCUGCCUUCUGAAAAUGAUAAGAUGAAUGACGUGGAGGCCAGCAAAACCGCCUCAGUGAUGAACUCUACCAAGGCUGACACGCCCUCAGCUUCAACAGUUGUAACACCCAUUACCACCGUCAUGGCCAACACCACUGCUUCCUCAUUGGACGACAGCGAGAUGAAGAAAGUACUGGAGAAGUGCAAGAGGUUGCAGGCUGAGAUGAGCAAAAUGGCAGAGGAGAACCGGCACUUAAAGGACGACAGCGCUCGCAUGAGGAAGAUGGCGCGUACGGAUCACGCAGUCACCAACACGGCCGCCACCUUGCCCUCCCUUCUGGUGGUCAUCGCUGCCAUCUUCAUCGGCUUCUUCCUAGGGAAGUUCAUCUUGUAGACUCGUGAGUCGGCGGCGGCAUCACCGCCCCUCCUUCCCUCGAGCCGAGUGUUUCUGUAUUGACGUCCGCCAUAUCACCGCUAGCGUGGGCCUCCAGGCCGACACGUGUGUACGACAAAAGCGCCGCCUUUUUCUUUUCUUCCUUUUACACACGGUUAAGCGCGCUCUCGCGUCCAGAAAGCAAAGGCGACGACAAAACGAUUGUUUUUUGUUUUUUUUUCUCUUUGAAGGCUGCAGGUAAUGUGACAGGAAGCUAUCUGUCAGUUCACAUGGGAGCGAAUCGUAACCACCUCUCUUGUUUUUAAUCGGUGUGGACUCAAUUGUUUUAAUCAUAUUCUUUUCAAAGAGAGACGAAGAAUUUCCAUCACCUUCACUGGAUCACUUCUUUCUUUCUCUUCUCGGAAUGUUCACAUCCAGUUGGGGAUCAAGGUGCCUCCUCCUCCUCCUACUCCUUGUACAUUUGUCUAUUCUUUACCCACCAAUGCAGACUUUAUAUUAUUAUUAUUAUUGUUUUUAUUAUUAAUAAUUAUUAUACAAAUCUAUUCCCUUCCGAGACAAACAAUGACUGAAAUGGGUCACCAUUCUUAAAUCCUGUCCCAUGAUAUUAAGUAAUGAAAAUAAAAUGGAUUUAAAA